GAGUUUUAUUGCAAUUAACAUAUGAAUAUAGUAUGCCUCUUGAAUGCAGGUCUAUCCUGAAGGGACACAUGUUAUGAUUCCUUGGUUUGAGAGGCCUGUGAUCUAUGACGUUCGUGCACGACCUCAUUUAGUAGAGAGUACUUCAGGGAGCCGUGAUCUUCAAAUGGUGAAAAUUGGACUUAGAGUCCUUACACGCCCUGUUCCAGACCAAUUACCAACAAUUUAUCGAACCCUGGGUGAGAAUUAUAAUGAAAGGGUGCUGCCUUCUAUUAUACAUGAAACUCUCAAAGCUGUAGUUGCACAGUACAAUGCCAGUCAGCUCAUUACUCAGAGAGAGACCGUCAGUCGAGAAAUAAGGAGGAUAUUGACUGAGAGGGCCUCCCAUUUUAACAUUGCUUUGGAUGAUGUGUCAAUCACAAGUUUGUCAUUUGGGAAGGAAUUUACAGCUGCCAUUGAAGCCAAGCAGGUUGCUGCUCAAGAAGCUGAGAGAGCUAAAUUUGUUGUUGAAAAAGCUGAACAAGACAAAAGAAGUGCUGUUAUUAGAGCUCAGGGUGAAGCCAAGAGUGCCCAGUUGAUUGGUCAAGCUAUAGCCAACAAUCCUGCAUUUAUCACCUUAAGGAAAAUUGAAGCUGCAAGGGAAAUUGCUCAAACGAUUUCAAAUUCUGCCAACAAGGUUUUCUUGAAUUCAGAUGAUCUCUUACUCAAUCUCCAGGAGUUCAAUUUGGACGCCAGUGGGAAGAAGAGAUAGUUGCGGGGCUGAAUUCACUUCAUUACUUUAACUUCUUUUUCCUUGUACCCAUAUUCAUUUUCACCUGCAUUUGCGUGUUAUCAACUGUUCAAAUAUGAGAUUGUCACAAACAAAAAUGUUGACAAACUGGAUGGUCAUAAUCAUUAAAUGGAGCAAGCGAGAUAAAGGAGGUUCAAUCAGGUUUUAA